AGAAUGUACAGAGCAGUCAGUAGUUAUUCCUCCUUUAAGUUGCUUUACAGAAGAAAGAUAAUGUGACAGUCUGUUAAAUGUCAACCCUGGAUAUCCGAUUAUAGGCCUAACGAUUUCGCUACUGACUCGAUAAAUAUCUGCAUUGAAAAUAAUUUUGUGGGUCUGCAAUAAGGUGGAAAGAGCUGGAGAAACAGAAAGAGGAAAGGGCGGGAGAAGAGAGAGAGGAGCUGGAAGAGCAGGGAAAUAGAGGGAGGAGAGAGGAACAAAGAUUCUGGACUCUGGAAAAAUUAAGCCACUGUAAAUAGUAAAGAAAACUCCCAAUGCAGAGAUGAAGCCGAUUAAAAAGCAAGGAAGGCGCUCGCCCCCGUCGACCCGAGCCAAAGGGGGGAAGAGACGGGGGACAGGGGACAGUGGAGAGAAAAGAGACCGAUCCCCCAAAAUUCAGACCUCACCCCAAACCUCAUCUCACUCAGAGUCUUCUCAGGAGGAGUCGGUGACACUCACAACGAUGGCCACGCCAGAGAGGGAGGGUCACAGAGAGGGGCCCCGGCUCCCAGAGACAGCGGCCGCAGCAGCAGGGUCCCUCCCUGUGAAGUCGGAGGACUCCCGCCCGGGGAGCGUCAAGUCGCUGAGCGCCCACAGCACAGACAGCAGCAGCAGUGCCACCAGCGCUGCCAACAGCCCCAACCCCUCGUCCAACCGCAAGACGGCCACCUUCAAGGCCCGCGUCCCCAAGAAGAAGUACACCUCUGAGCACUGUGCUGCCGCCGCCGCUGCCGCCGCCAACCACAGAAACCCCGGCAACACCGGCGCGCCUCCACUGAACAGAAAUAGUGCUCACUGUGACAGUAACGCCGGAGGUCAGUUGUCGAGCUUAUCUUCGGGGCCCGGGUCGGCGGCGAGUGAGGGCGGUUCGCUCACUGACAUCAACAGUCAGACCAGGAGACCAGUGGAGGACUACAUUACCACUAUAGCUCCACCACAGGACAGGGAUAACACACCUGGACCCCCUCCCACAGGGGACAGAGACAGGAGAGGCCCAGAGCGAGGCAGAGAAAUCUCCCCCAGCCCUGUCCGCUGCUCCUCUACAGACACGGCCAGCGAACACGACCUGGACGUGAGCGAGCCACACCGCUCCAACUCUCACCACACCAACCCCACCACCGAAGCACACACCCUGGCCCUGGUGCAACGUAGCACCCAGCACACUCCGACCCCACAGAGCCUGUCGGACGCGCUCGCCGACGCCCUGGCCAAAGGUCUAAAGAACCAGCGGGUGCUAGCCAGGCAGGCUAGGAGGAGGACUGGAAAGGGGGAAGAGGAGAACGGAGGUGAGGGGAGGGAGAGCAUGGACUCAGUGUUCAGAGCGGGAGUGGUGCGGCGGGUGAGCGGCGAGCACGGCAGCCUGGAGGUGCAGCUGAACGGUGAGAAGGAGCUUUACCGCUACCCGUUCCGUGAGGGCGCCCAGGGACCCGUGGACAUUAUCAUGGACGCCCCGCCGCCCGGCUCCCAAGCCGUCCCCAUCGGCACCGCUGUGUGCGUGCCCUUCGGAGGUAACGAGGACGGCGGCACCACAGAGGCCCAGCGCCAGUGGUACCGAGAGGGCCUGGUCACCCAGGUGGACUCCCACCCGGCUGUGUCCUACCCCUAUAGAGUGUUGUUAGAGGACAGAGUGCCCCCAGGGGAUGAGGAGGGGGAUGGCAGGGUGGGCACUCCGACCGCUGUGUGGGUGUCCCGUCAGAGCCUCCGCCUGCUGGUGCCCCCCUGGGACCUGGACCUGGGACCCUGCGGAGGGGGGCGAGAGGAAAGCGAUGCUGCCGCCAAGAGAGGGCGAGAGAGGGAGAGAGAGAAAGAGGACAGGGACGAGAUAGAGGUGGAGCAGGAGCUGUGUCGCCUCAGCCGUGGGAUGGGGCUCAGCGCGACUGUGGCUGGGUCCGUGUUGGGGAGGCUUUCAUACCCUGGAACGGCCCCCGCCUCCUCGUCUUCCUCCACUGUCAGCUCCCCCGUCACCCCCGCCUCGGUGCUGAGUCUGGUGGCCGGAAGAGACUGGGAGCGAGAGAAGGACCUGGUGGAGAGAGAGCGGGAGCUCCAGAGGAAACAAGAGAGAGAUAACCGAGAGAGGGCCAAGCAGCACCACCACUUCAUGCCCCUGACCCCCGAGGAGGACAUAGAAGUGUCCCACUUCAGCAUGGUGCCCAUGGGGGCGGCGGGGGGGGCGGCCAAGGCCCUGGCGGUGUCCCAGCACAGGCACAUACUCUCCAAGCCGCCCCCGGGCUACCUCAGCCCCCACCUGUCCGUGGUCCGGAGCCUCGGCGGCACCCCGCUGGUGGGCCCCCACCUGGCCCUCAACCCCCACCCCCCUCCCUCCCCCACGGUGCUACUGGGGCUGGAGUCGGGAGCGCUGGCAGCGGGGGCGGCCGUCAUCGCCACCCCUCAGCUCCCUCCUCUGUCCUCCUCGUCCUCCCGUGGCUCCCUGGAUAAGCCACCCUCUUCAAACUCCAUCUCCCACGGUGCAUCUGGAGGGGGUGGAGGCUCGUGCUCGACGUCCUCGUCGCGCUCCCGCACCCCGCUCACGGCGGCCCAGCAGAAGUACAAGAAGGGCGACGUGGUGUGUACCCCCACGGGCAUCCGCAAGAAGUUCAACGGCAAGCAGUGGAGGAGGCUGUGCUCCAGAGAGGGCUGCUCUAAGGAGUCCCAGAGAAGAGGCUACUGCUCGCGUCAUCUCUCCAUGAGAACUAAAGAGAUGGAGGCCAGCGGAGGGGGCAGAGACCGUGGUGGGGCCAGCAGUACGGGCACCCUAACCCCGUCAGACCUGAGGCUGGGCUGCGGCCGGACCAGUUCAGAGUUCGACUGGGACAACACGUCGCGAGACAGCAGCGAAGCGAGCAGUAGGGGAGGGGAUUCACGCCCCCGCCUGGUCCUGCCCUCGCUCCUGCCCCAGGACUUAUCACGCUUCGACUUUGAUGAGUGCGAGGCGGCCACAAUGCUGGUAUCUCUGGGCAGCUCCCGCUCGGGCACGCCUUCCUUCUCUCCCAUCUCCAACCAGUCGCCCUUCUCGCCCACACCGUCGCCCUCGCCUUCCCCGCUUUUCGUCUUCCGCCCGGCCACCUUCAGCCCCAUCACGGCGCCGCCUUCGCUCACCACUCGCCGCCAUCGCCACCUGAGCGGCACUAAGAUGGUCACGCCGGGCUCGGAGCGCGAGCGCCACCUGUCGGGCAUCGUACCCACCUUCCAGACCAACCUCACCUUCACUGUGCCCAUGAGCCCCAGCAAGCGGAAACUGGAUGCCCUUCCUCCGCCCCUGCCCCUCUCUGCCCAGGAUUACGCCAAGCCCGACCAGCAGUUAGGGGAGACUAUAGGCCUCAGCCCAGCCGCCUUCAGGGUGCUCUCUCCUCAGAGCCAGCCCACCACUCCCUCCUCCCUCUCCUUCCCCCGGCCCCGGAGCGCCACCAGCCGCCCCCCGUCCUCCGCCGCCUCCACCCCCCCGCCAAUGCUGGUGUCCCCCACCCCUCCCUCCCCCUUGCCCCAGGACCCCAGUCCCCGCCGCGUCGUGCCCCUGCGAGACUCCCCCGUCAUCGUGCGGAACCCCGACGUCCCCCUGGCCAAGUUCACAGAUGGACCCCUGGUGAGGAGGGGAGGAGGAGGCCGCUCCUCCAGAGAGCACAGCCAGCCCCUGCACCUUGCCACCGGCCUCCAAGCACCCGUGCCCAUCAACGGCGCCGCCACCAAUGGCGCAGUCCUCCUGCGAAACCCCGCCUCCACCCUGGUCCUUGUAACCUCCUCCCAGUCCCUGACCCCAGCCGUCGCCGGACACCCUGCCCACUCCAGCCCCACCCUCAGUGGUGGCUCCACCUCCAUCUCCUCUACUGGCUCCGCCCUCUCCAGCUCUGGAUCAGGAGGUAGAGAGUGGGAGAGGAAGCCCGGCGGGCACCAGGACGCCAUUGGAGGGGCAUUGCCCCAGCCGGUAGCCUGCCACCCCUCUCCAACCGCCCUGCUGCCCCUCAUCCUACCAGCCGAGUCCCCUCACCCUGCACCCCGCAAGGACAUCAUCAUUGGACGGCCCGGGACAGUAUGGACCAAUGUGGAGCCCCGUUCAGUGCCAGUGUUUCCUUGGCAUUCAUUGGUCCCUUUCCUGGAGCCCAGCCAAUCGAGUGCGGCUGCCCAGCCCGCUGAUGGCCAACAGCUUGUCAAUCAGAGCAAAGAGCCCCGUUGUGGGGUGGCCCUAGUGAGUGACGGAUGGGUGGGUCCACCAGACGCAGAGCAAGGGUCUCCAUCCCGCCCACCACCCUCCUCCAAAGACAACGACCCCCCAGCUGGAAGAGCAGAAAGAGGUGGAGCCGACAGCGAGACGGAGAGCGAUGCAGACGACCCGUUUUUUCCGGGUGUAGCCAAUGAUCCUGCCCCGUCUACGAGCCCUAUUAAGAGGCGCACUCAGUCCCUCAGCGCCCUUCCCAAAGAUGGAGACAGAAAGAGGGAAAAGGACCACAUUCGGCGGCCGAUGAACGCGUUCAUGAUUUUCAGCAAGCGUCACCGGGCGCUGGUUCACCAGAGGCACCCCAACCAGGACAACCGCACGGUCAGCAAGAUCCUGGGCGAGUGGUGGUACGCCCUGGGGCCCAAAGAGAAGCAGAAGUACCACGACCUCGCCUUCCAGGUGAAAGAGGCUCACUUCAAGGCCCACCCAGACUGGAAGUGGUGCAACAAGGACAGGAGGAAGUCUAUCUCUGAGGGCCGAGAGACCCCAGGGGCCAAAGAGGCACGCGAGAGGAGCAUGUCUGAGAGCACAGAGCCUGAGUCAGUCUCUCAGGGAAUGGAGGUGAAGGGUGCGGCAGGCCCGGACUGGCCUGGGGGCUCUGAGCGUCAUGCGGGGGCCUACAGUGGUCAGCUCCCUCGCCCCCGGGCCUUCUCCCAGAGUGCAGUACACAGCCUGGAGAAGAGGGAGCGGGCCAGAGAUGUGGAGAAGUUGUGUCGAGAAGGGGCAGGCUCAUUCCGCAGCCGCCCCCCUACUCUCUCCCUGACACAGUGUGGGGCCAGCGAGGACGUGACCAGCGACGAGGAGCGCAUGGUCAUCUGUGAGGAAGAGGGGGACGAUGAUGUCAUGGAGGACUCGUGCCCUGAGGGAUCCAUAGACCUCAAGUGUAAAGAGAGAGUGACUGACAGUGACGAGGAUGAGCCGGAUGGACAGCGAGCCUUCCAGCCAGUGGUCCGCUCCUCUCUCCCCUACGCCACCAGCACCUCCCACGCCGACUCUCACUCCGACUCUACCAAGGGGAACACAGGGGGGAGCACCGGAGAGAGCUCUGAGAGGAAGAGAAAACGAGGGAUGGAGGGAGGAGAAGAGGGAAGUGGAGAAUCCAAAAGAGGAGGUGGAGGGGGGCAGGUUCCCUCUAAUUCCAUCCCUGGAUCGGCGCCCUUCACCUCGACCCCCGCUCUGGGUUAUGGACUCACCCAGGUGCUCGGUGCAGUCCGGAUGGCCCCCACCAUGGUGACCAACGUGGUAUGCCCCAUCGCCAGCACGCCCAUCCCUAUCACCAGCAAGCCAAUGGAAGGCCCCAUCGCCCUCAGUGCCCUCCCUGGGGAGAAGAAAGCCACGCUUCUGAUUGGCGGACCGGGAGCAAUAGGCGGGCCUAUCACAGCAGGGGGUGGGUACUUGUCCUCGUCCUCUCCCAAUCCCGUGAGUGUGGGGACGGGGGGGCUGCAGGUCACCAGUCUAGUGCUGGGAGGAGCUUUCCCCAACCAGUCUAUACAGCUCAUAGCCCCGCCUCAGCCUCUCUUAAGCCCCACCCACAGCACCCUGCCACUUCCCCUGCUGCAGCCCCAGUUCCUUCCUGCCGCCUCUCUCACCUCCGCUGGCGGUGCAAAGCCUGGCCUCACCCAGGUGCAGUACAUCCUGCCCAUCCUGUCUUGUGUCAGUGCCAACCCCAAGAGCCCCUCCCCCCAGCUAACCCAGCAGCCAACCGGCGUCCUCACGCUACCCUCCACUCCGCCCACCCAUGUCUCCCAGGCCAAUGGAAUACAUUCGGGGGCAGGAGUGGGAAUAAGAUAUGCCGCAGUGGGAGGGGUCAGUCCUGGAGCAAGAGUCCAAGCCCAGUCUCCAGUCUUGCAGAGCAAGAUGUUGGUUCCCAUGGCAACAGUGAGAACCGGCUCUACUCCUCCUCAGCCAAUCUCCCACGUGGCCCCUCCCCUUCCUGUGCAAAAUGGUGCUCUACCAGGAAACAAGAUCAUCCAGAUUGCCCCCAUGCCGAUGGUCCAGACAAAUGUCCACCCUGCUGGAGCAGUGCAUCCUGGGAGUCCCUUCCCUGUAUCCAUGGCAACAGCCACUGUGAUGACUCCGGGCAUCAAACCCCCUCAGACCGUGUUGCUGACCUCGCCUCCAACAAGGAUCACUUAUGUCCAAUCCAGCACUGGAGUGGGCUCCACGGCAAUGGUCCAGGCCCCUCUUUCUCCAGGACCCGCCUACCUGCCGUCGUCCCUGACGACUCUGGGCUUCACCGCCAUUACUCCGGCCGGCCAAGCCCUGAUGCAGCCUCUCGUAGCGGGCCAACCGCCAUUGCUAGCCCCGGCCCUUUCCCCUGGAGCCCCGGGGACCGGACGUCAACUCCUCACCGCCAUCUACCCGGCCCCUAGCAUCACCCUAGCGUCAGGUGGGGUCGCCAUGACCUCCGUUCUCCCCAAUUUGGCUCAAGAAGUGUCCGGCCAAUCAUCAUCCUCGGCUGUCGGCGUCCAGGGUUCAAAGGACGUUACCCGGUCACAUGAAGAGGGAAUGCCACACCUGACUGCAGAGUUGGAGCAAAAGUCACAGGUGGAGGGCCAGGCCCAACGGAAGAACAAGGCUCAGAUAAAGAAAGAGAGCAUAAAGAAAGAGAAUACGACGGAGGAUGUCGAGGCAUAUAGCAAACCAGGUGCUAACUCAAUGGCUAAGUCCAGCAGCAAUAUACCAACAGGGAGUGAAGAAGACAGUGGUCGAGCCAGCCACAUGAAAGAAGAGAAUACAGACGAUGACCGAGAUUAUGCCCGAGGGAAUGGAGAAAGGGAGAGGGAGAUAAAGAAGGAGAGUGGGACGCCUGAACCAGAGGAGUCCAGGGAGGCAGAGGAUUGGCCCCAUGAGGGCCACAACAAAGGGGCCAGUGGCAACGGGGGCCACAGCAAAGAGGCAGGACCGAGGGAACCUCUCCACCCUCCCACAGGACUGGACCCUCCGCCUCCCCCACAGACUGACAGGGACGCGCCCCCCUCAGCCAAGAAGACCAAAUUCCGCCCCCCGCCACUCAAAAAGCCCUCAGACGCCGUUGAAAAGGUCCUGUCGGGGUCCUAUUUCGAGGAGCGCUUUGCCGAGCUGCCAGAGUUCAGGCCAGAAGAGGUGCUGCCCUCUCCCACCCUCCAGAGUCUGGCCACCUCCCCCCGAGCCAUACUGGGCAGCUAUCGGAAGAAGAGGAGGAACUCCACAGACCUGGACUCGUCUGCAGAGGACCCCAGCUCUCCCAGGAGGAAGGCUGCCGCUCGGAGCCGUCUCUCCAGCUGCAGCUCGGAGCCCAACACACCAAAGAGCGAGGCCAAGUGCGAGGGGGACAUCUUCACCUUCGACAGAGCUGGUGCUGAGUCUGAGGAUGUCUUGGGGGAGAUGGACAAAGUGCCGUACUCCUCUCUCCGGAGGACUCUGGACCAGCGCAGGGCUCUCGUUAUGCAGCUCUUCCAUGAACACGGCUUCUUCCCUUCAGCUCAGGCCACUGCAGCCUUCCAGGCACGCUACUCAGACACCUUCCCCACCAAACUGUGUCUGCAGCUGAAGAUCAGGGAGGUGAGGCAGAAGAUCAUGCAGACAGCCACACCUGGAACCCCCGGAAUCUCUGAGCCCGGCGGGUCAACAACAGGGGUCAUGGGUUCAACGGACUCCGCCUCGGCCGCCAUCGGCUCCUCCAAUACCAACACUCGAGAUGGUACAGGAACGGAGCCAGGAGAAAGAGGGCGGAGUCCUGAGGAGCCCAGGAAUGGGGGCAAAUUGUAGGAAUGGAAAGAAAGAGAGGUGGAAAGAAGGAGAAAAGCAAAAGAAUGGAGAAGGUGGAGAGAAAAAGUGUCAAAAGAGAGAGAGGGGAGUGUUGUUGUGACCCACAGCAUGUCCUUGUACAUGUAGUAACAGGACAUCAGUUUUACUUCGACACAGUUCUGUACUGGCUGUACCCUCAGCACAUUUGUAGUUUGACACAGAACACUCUGUGGUACACACCAGUGGAGGAUGGUGGGAGAAGCUAUAGGAGGACAGGCUCAUUGUAAUGGCUGGAAUGGAAUCAAU